GGUGGGGGGGAGUGGGGAGGGGGAGUUUUGUUUGUUAUGAUUGAAGAGGUGGCAGUGAAAUUGAUCGGUAUUAUCGAUGAAAAGCUCAAGGAUCGGCGAGGAAUCGACGAUCAACGCGGGGGAGGAGUAGAUGCAUGUCGCGGGAGUAAGUUUGGAUCUGAAUUGGUUCCUUCAGUUCAUAUUCACAGUGUUUAUAAUCGCCGUCGGAUUGCUCCAUUUGCUGAAGAACACGGCCUCGAAGUACUUUGAGGUCGACGCCAAUUUUGAAGGAGGAGGUGACACCACUGAUCGGACCUCAAUGCCCGGCUUACUCAUGGAGGAUCCGGUUUGCAUCGUUUGCGGCAAUUCGGGCCCCAAGCAGUGCUCCCGCUGCAAAGCCGUUCGAUACUGUUCUUUAAAGUGCCAAAAUGCACACUGGAAAUCUGGGCAUAAGUCAGAGUGUAAGGAACCUGACAGAGAAAAGGCAGCUCAAAAUGCAUUUAAUAACAGGGGUGUCGUAAAGUCUGGGAUUAGGGGUAAAACUUUUUCAGGAAUUGCACUGGUACCAGCACGUGGAAGUGAAACUGCUAAACUUAUCAAGCAGCCAAAAGAGAUUCUUUUUCCUUAUGAUGAAUUCGUGAAACUUUUCAACUGGGACAAACCAGGAUUCCCUCCUUGUGGACUGUUAAAUUGUGGAAACAGUUGCUUUGCUAAUGUGGUUCUGCAGUGUCUUACUUUUACACGGCCACUUGUUGCCUACUUGUUAGAGAAGGGUCAUCGGUUAGAAUGCAUACGGAAUGAUUGGUGCUUCCUUUGUGAAUUCCAAACUCAUCUUGAAAGAGCUAGCAGAAGUUUGCAGGCCUUUUCACCGACCAAUAUUAUAUCUAGGUUGCGUAAUAUUGGUGGUAAUCUUGGCUAUGGAAGACAGGAGGAUGCUCAUGAGUUCAUGAGGUUUGCCAUUGAUACAAUGCAAUCAAUCUGCCUCGAUGAAUUUGGGGGUGAAAAAGCUGUCCCACCUGCCUCUCAAGAGACAACCAUCAUCCAACAUAUUUUUGGGGGUUACCUUCAAUCUCAGGUAAUAUGUACUGCAUGCAAUAAGAUAUCAAAUCAGUAUGAAAAUAUGAUGGAUUUGACUGUUGAAAUUCAUGGGGAGGCUGCAUCAUUGGAGGAAUGCUUAGACCAAUUUACAGUCGAGGAGUUGCUUCAUGGAGAAAAUAUGUAUAAAUGCGAUGGUUGCAAUGAUUAUGUCAAGGCUUCAAAGCGUCUUAUGGUUAAACAGGCUCCAAAUAUUCUAACAAUUGCCUUGAAAAGAUUUCAGAGUGGGAGGUUUGGGAAGCUUAAUAAGAGUGUGACUUUCCCAGAGACUUUAGAUCUUAGCCCUUACAUGAGUGAAGCAGGGAAUGGUUUGGAUAUAUACAAACUUUAUGCAGUUGUUGUUCAUGUGGACAUGCUGAAUGCGUCAUUUUUUGGCCAUUAUAUCUGCUAUACCAAGGAUUUCCGUGGCAACUGGUACAGAAUUGAUGAUUGUAAGGUUACGGGUGUUGAACUGGAAGAAGUACUUUCUCAGGGAGCAUACAUGCUUUUGUACAGCAGGGUUCGGGCGCGACCAUCAUGUCUAAGACCUCCUGAACUUAUAAAGAAGGAGGAACAAAUUGUCAAUGUUGAAGAGCCUUGCCUGAAAGAACAAGUUGAAUGUUCUGCCCAAGGCGACUCUGGCAUUCUCAUUUGCCCCUCUGGAUCUCCGUCAUCUGCUAGUUUGUACCCUGAGGUUUCUGCAAAGGAGUCAUCUCUUGGAAUUAAUUCUGAAGCUGUAAGAGAACAUUUUAAAUAUGCUGAUGCUGAUGUUGUCAUUCCCGAACCGACAUCUGUUGUAAAGGAGGUUUCCAGCUGUGAAAGAGAGGUGGUGGUUUUUGGAAGGGAAUCUGAGGCUUCUAAACAAGAUCAAGAGGAUAGAAAUACCUAUAGUUUCGAAUCAGGUCCAUCCGUUUCAAAUGUGUCUGAGAAAGUUUCUUCUGUGGCUGUGGAUCUUGGUACUAUAGGAGCAGAUACAAGGGAUGUGGCUUCUAACAAAACAUGUCAGUCUGUUGUGGAGGAAGUAUCUCUAUCCUGCGAGAAGAAUUUGUCUGUUUCCAAUUGUGAAGAUGUCAGAGAAGAUUCAGGAGACACGAUAAUGGUUGAUUGUUUCAGCGAGAAGGAUUUGUCUAUUUCAAAUUGUGAAGAUGUCAAAGAAGAUUCAGACGAUACGGAUAUGGCUGAUUGUUCCUAUGAGAAGGAUCUGCCUGUUUCAAAUUGUGAAGAUGUCAAAAAAGACUCAGAACAUAGGGAUGUGGUUGAUGAUUUAUCAACCAUAUAUGCCUCUAAAGAAAUUGAAAUUCACAGCAAUGGGCACGCUCCUUCUGCAGCAGAUGAAAGUGAUUCGCAAGGUGGACAUGCUCAUAAAUUGGAUUCUGGUACGUUUUGUUUCUCAAGCGAGGCAUCAAGGGCUGAAAAUCAUAAAAUGAAGCACCUGUUACUCCAUAAUACUUCUUACUUUCAUGACGGAACUGGAGUCAAGAGAGUAAGGAAUAAUGGGUGACAAUUCAUUGUACCAGAGGGCUUCUAACUUAUUAUUUGUCCAUAUUUUUUAACAAUCCCAUCAUCAUCUAAAAAAAGGGUUGAGUUGGGAAUAUUUUUUUCCUCUGGGGUUCAUUAUUUGUAGAAAUCUCGGAUUCUAUGUGUAGCAAUUUUAGUUGGACUUCUAAACUUUAUUUAUUCGGAUAAAAGAGUGCAAUGCAAUGAGAGUAACGGGUUGGGAGGAAUUCUUCUCUUUAAAUGUCUUCUUUUUCUCCUCUUGUUUUUAGGUUUUUUUUCCCCCUCUCUUUUUUUCUUUUGCUUGUACGGAAACUUGUUUAUUUAUUAGUUUCGACUACGCCCACCUGGGUUUCUUUUGUGUC